AUGGAUCCUGACCUUGAGAUAUUUGACUCUUUGUCAUCUGAGGAGGAGGAGGAGGAGAUAACUUUAGCUCUUGCUAUUGAAGAAGAACGCUUGGGUAAUGAAAGAGGCUCAACAUCGCAUUGUAGGUCUAUUCCCCGUCGUGCAUUCAUUCGAAGAAAUUCGCUUGAAGGCCAUCAACGCCUCUUUCAAGAUUAUUUUUCUGAGUCCCCGACGUAUCCACCGAAUUUAUUCCGCAGGAGGUUUCUAAUGCAACGUCAUCUUUUCUUGCGUAUUCAAGCCGAAAUCAAAGCAUAUGAACCAUAUUUCGUCUAA